CCUUCAACCUCAGUCUUGUUUCUUUGCCUUUACCCAUGGCCAACAGCAUUCUAAGAUCAAGUCGCCACAUUAAACUAUUUCAUGCUUUGAGUCUCUUUAGCCUUUCUCUGUUGAUUCAAAGAGUUUCUGCAACGGAGUUCAAGGUUGGAAGCUCAAACGGGUGGGCUGUGCCCACUGAUGCCAAUGCACCCAGCUACAACCAAUGGGCAGAGAAGAACCGGUUUCAAAUCGGAGACUCUCUAUUGUUCGUGUACACGCCGGAAAAAGACUCAGUGCUUCAAGUGAACAAAGACGAUUACACCAACUGCAACACAGGACAACCCAUUGCUUUGUUCAAUGAUGGCCACACUUCCUUCAAGUUCAACCAAUCCGGCCCGUACUAUUUCAUAAGUGGGAUCGUAGAGAGCUGUCUCAAAAACGAGAAGAUGGUGGUGGUAGUCCUGGCUGACAGAAGCGGCCGAUUGGCUCCGCCUUCUCCUCCGCCAUCUACGGAGACCGGUCCAUCCCAAUCUCCCGUUGAGACUCCAGCUCCAGUUGGUGAGGAGUCACCUUCCCCUCCAAGUGGAGCCUCUUCGAUGUUCGUGAGUUUCGUCGUCAGUUCAAUUGGAGCAUUUCUCGGUUCAUCUCUUCUUUUAGUCAUGUGAACUCGUUUGAGUCAUUUGGGAAAUCUGUGCUUUGUUUUGCUUUUUCUUUCUCCCCUUUUCCAAUACUAUUUAUUGAUUUUUUUACACACACUUGCACCGGUGAAUUCAACUGGAUCUUCAAGGUUGGCUUGGUUUUUGAGGUUUUCUUCAUAUAUUUCAGUUGGAAAAUAAGAUUCAGUUUUAUGGUUGUAUACGAAGUAAUGUAAAUAAAGAAAUAAAAUAAUUAUU